GUGUAAACAAGUCAGCUGACGGAAGUCGGACCGACCUGAAGCACGCAGUUAGAGCGCAUGUUGGUAUGAGAGCUUGUGAGGCUGGUUGUUUUUAGUGGCUGUUUACCAGUCAGUAUAUAUACAACAAGCACGCCGCACUCUGUCUGCAAACAUUAGCUGCCUUAUUUCCUAGCGAUCAAGCUACCAUGGAAUGACACCGAAAGGCGGAUCAUAUUUUGUUUUUUUGCUAAAAAAUUUAACCAGUACAAAUAUCAAGGAACCCAAAAAGGCUAUAUACUGCCACAAGGAAAUAUAUUCAUAGAAUAAACUAUAUUCUUUGAUUGGAUACAUCGCAAACAAAAUUGACAUUUUACAUUCUCAACACUGUUACAUAUUGGAAUUACAAUCAUAAAUAUUGGUAUUAAUUCUUCCAGUUAUUGCAUUUAGUCUCAGCGUAUUGGUCCCUUCCUUUGGGACGGCAAUUUUGACAACCAGGCAAUCGUUGUUUUAAAAUAGCCUUUGCUACAAUGGCGGAUUUUCGCCGAAGUAUGGGAGAUGUAUUAGGAGCGGCUGCGAGGCCUCAGUCACCUCUAAAGCAACGGAGAGGUAAGAAGAAAUCAGAAGAAAGAUAUAUAAGUAAACUAGACAAACAAGCCGAUGAGGAAGCAUUUACGUUUCCUAAAGAGCAUGAAAAUAUAAAAGUACAGGAAUCCGAUGGUAAUUUCUUUGAGAGCUUUACAGCGUUGUCAUGGAGACAAGAAAACAAACGUCUACGUGCUACAUCAGAGCACGAAGAAGCCAAGAAAGCCGAAAAACCGUUGCCAGCAGAGCAACAGAUAGCUUUAAAACUUAAACUGCAUCAACCAACAAAGCAGGAAUAUGAGCUUCUUUACAUUGAAGUUCUCUAUACCAUUAAACAUAAGAUCGGGACAACCAUUGGUGGACACCUACCAUACAUGCAAGAUCUCUACCAAUAUGCACAAGAUGCAUUUGGUAUGCCUCCCGAAGACCACGCUAAACUACUUGCCAAAGCUACGGAAGAAAAGCCCCCAAUAUUGAUGUUGAAUGUUACGGUAGUUCAAGCCCGUGAUUUAGAGGCAAAAGAUGCUGAUGGAUACAGUGAUCCCUUUUGCAUGCUUGGAAUUAUGCCCAGCUGUCCAGUUGACUAUUCGUCUAGCGAAUCCACUUCCUCCUAUCCGGACGAUGAGAGCCCACGAUAUCGCGAUAAGAAAGGACUGAAAAAGUUUUCUACGAGUAGCUUGCACAAGAAGAAAGAUAAGCAGCAAGCUGUUAGAGACCUCUUGCCAGCGAAGCUUAUACGGACGACCAAUGUUAAAAAGAACACUUUAAAUCCAGUGUGGAACGAGCGCUUCAGAUUUGAUCUUGACGACAUAAAUGCUGACUGCUUACAUUUAGAUAUUUGGGACCACGACGAAGAAUAUUCUGUAUUUGAAGCAGCUAAAAAAUUAAAUGAGGUAUCUGGAUUCAAGGGUCUAGGACGAUUCUUCAAACAAGUCGCACAAUCAGCUCGAAAAGGAAGCAGUGGUAGUGUUGAUGACUUCCUGGGUUGCGUUAAUAUCCCAGCCAAAGAAAUCCCUUCAUCGGGUCUAGAAAAAUGGUACAAUCUCGAAGGCAGAUCCUCCAAAUCAAAUAUUCAAGGUGAAAUACAACUGAAAUUAUGUUUAACAACACGUGAGGAUCGUGGAAUACCUGAAGAUGACAAUUGGACUGACAUGAAACAACAUGAGGAUCUGAUUUGUAUUUUUAUCGAAUACCGCGUCCGAACAUUACAGGAUGCACCAAAUAAAUGGGCCGGGAAAUUACCUCAGGCAGCUUUAACAAUUCUCCACCAGCAUGCUAUACAAGGUGAUGUCACUGAUAUACAGCAAGCAAUCUGCUAUUGGGCGGCCUUUUGUCGAAAGCAUAUUGAACAUACGUUUGAUUACGCCCUGAUGUACCUACAGCUUGAGAGAUUAGACUCGGUCUGGGAACCAGGUCAGCUCUCAUCCAUUGAAGAAGAAUCGCUGAUAGAAUCCUUCAACUUAUUCAUAGACUACUGCUUAAACCUCAUUCGCAAACAAAGGGAUGUUUUCAUUCCAAGUCAAAAGGAUGCAAUGCAUUCCCUAGAAUGUAUGCUAAGAUGUCUCUCAAAAAUAUAUGGCAUGACAGCUUUCAAAGAGCUGUGUCCAUUUGCCAAGGAAUUACAUUCGCAGAUUGUGACAGCCAUAAAGAAAGGAACCACAGAUUGGUAUGACAGAGUUGCAAAAAGAACGAAAUCAAAGUCAAAAAUCGAAGGUGAUAUCAUACGGAGCUUAAUCGAACUAACCACGUUGUUAAACGCAGAUAUGCACCAAGCUGUACACUUUUAUCAGAAACUUUACGAAGAUAUCGUGGGAGUGGAAUAUGUACCGCUAUCUUACCUACAUCUUGAAGAACUACUGGCACAGGACGUAAUUACAGCUCUAAGAGAUGAGGUUGGAGAUGAUCUGAAAAUAGGAAACCUAGAAUAUGAAGAAGUCAAACACCAAGUGACCAGCGUCGCUUCAUCUGAGAUCGGCACAUCACUUUUCGAAUUUUACUUGGAACUUCAAGAAUUCUGCAAGUUCAAACGAUUAAUUACAGAAACCGAACAAAUGUCUUUGAGUAUCACAAAGUAUUACGAAUGGUUUCGGUUUGCUGUCCAAAAGUGGUUGAUCAUUGCGCAGCAGAAGGCUACAGCCCGUGUCAGCAAGGCAGUCGAAGUUGACACCGUGUAUAGCAACAUCUGUAACGCAAAAUACAGUUCUUCGGCGGUGGACGUUUGUAGUCUUUUCAAUCACAUGGUGGAUUUUUGGACAAAUCUUGAAUGGCCGGAACCAUGCGACGCCUAUACAUUUACUGCUAACCUCACACAGAAUAUUUGUGACAACGCAGUCAGAUAUGCUGAUUUGAUCCAUGAUAAGCUGUGUGCGUCCGGAUUUUAUGACGAGGAAGGUCAAUUUGAUGUUUCGGAACAGUUAUGUAUUACCAUAAACAACAUUGAACACGUCCGUAUAACACUGAAACCCAUUGCACAGACGAUGAGGUUUGCAACUCUGGAGCAAGAUUUAGAAUAUGCCGAUCCGAAACGAAGAAGAAAACUGGAGAAAAUCAAUUUAUUUACGUUGGUCAACAAAUCGGAUCAGAUGAUGAUUAAUAAAAUUAAGCGAGUCCUUGACCGUGUGGCAGACAGGAUGCGUCCAGAUAUCAAGAAAGAUGUAUUCCAUAUGAACUGGACACCCGAUGUUGUCCCUGCAGAUGAGGCAAUUGUGGAUCUCAUGGAAUACCUUGACAAGAACCUCGUUACCCUAAACCAAAACCUCGUCAGUGCAAACUUUAACCGUAUUUUGCACUCCAUCUGGGUUGAGGUCCUCGAGGAAUUCAACGAUGUCAUGGUUACAGAAGAUAUGAAACACCAAGUUUUCUACCAACGAAUGUACGAUGCUUUAACUCUACUUUUAGAGUUUUUCUACGCGAACAACAAAGGUCUCAGUAUGGAUACAAUGUUAACAGAUAAACAAUUCCAGGACCUACGAGAACAACUGGCUCUCCAUAAAGAAGACACAAGAGAUCUGAUUGAACAGUUCUACCAAGAGAAAUUAGAUGAACAGGACCAAACAGAAACUAGUCCUUACGGUAUAUUAAACAUCCGGGUUUUUUACAAAUAUGAAGUCCAGACGUUAUUAGUGGAAGUUAUCAGUGGAAAAGAUUUAAUCCCUCUAGAUGCUAAUGGAUUUAGUGACCCCUUUAUCCUGAUCCAUUUGAGCCCAGAGCACAUUUUCCCCAACAUCACAGUUCAGAAGACUCAGAUCGUCAAGAAAACAUUAAAUCCGGUUUUUGACGAAUUAUUUGAAUUUCCAGUGAGCCCAGAACAGUGCAAACACAGAGGGGCAGCCAUCCAGUUUAUUGUGAUGGACCAUGACUUCAUGUUCCAAAACGACAUUGGUGGGGAAGCUUAUAUCCCACUUAGUGAAAUCCCUGGUGUUAACGGAGCGGAAGUGACUGGAUUCGAGGCCUUGAAUAUAAUCUCCAUGCCACUAAUGCACCCUAGACACAAAGAAAAAGGAACAUUUAAUGUGUUGCGGGGUCGAACUUGGGACAAAGAGGCACAGGAAUUCGUGAAGAGAAGAAUCAAACUUGAAGAACAAGCAUCGUGAAGACAACUAAGAUGAAGAAAAGAAAAUGAUAGUUAAAAGAAAAAUAAUAAAAAAUAAACAAAAACAUACCAAACCAAACAACACAA